AUGCGCGAUCCCGACACUGGCCGCCCGCUCUUUGCCGUCAAGUGCAUCGAGCUCGCUUGCCAGCAGUGCAAGGAAGACGGGAAGAGCCAUGAGUGUGUGCACAUGCUGCAUCUCGUUCCGCAGUGGCAGAGCGGGGAGAGGCACAGGAGGCUGAAGGUGGUGAUGCAAGACAGGCCCGACCUCAUCCAGUCGGAGCUGGCGGGGCUGGCGUUCGAUUCUUUGCAGCAGGCGUUCAGGGUGAAGGACAUCGAGGCCAUGCUGUCGCAGCAGGCGCCCCCGUUUGUUAGCAACCAGAACAUCUACCUGGUGGUGGACCCAGCGACGGGUGGCCCGCAGAGUGACUACGCGGUGGUGAGCAUCGUGAGGCACAAGGGGUUGAUCACGGGUUACCAAAGGAUGUGUCUGAGGGUGUACUUUUCAAACACAUAUAUCGUGAAUCCGAUACAGUGCUUCACAACGAAGCUCCGAGAUAGUCUGGAAAACCUCAGGCUUCAGGUCAACUCCAUGUCGAUACAUAUCGAGAUAGAGAAGGAUUUCGUCGAGGUCCUUGCAGAGUUCCGAGCACUGGGCAUCAUCCUCGUGCUUCUUCAGUUCGAGCACCAACUCUUGCCAUGUGCCCUGGUGUUUGAUCAUCGUUUCCCAGAUCAUGGUCUUCUCGGGGAUGUUGAAGCUGGUGCAGGAAGCGACGAUCAACAGGACCACCUUAGUGUCGUGAAUCAGUGGCUGAAGGUGGAGCACAACCUUGCAAAUGUCACGUUCUGCAUCGUCAAUGGUGCUCGCAAGAAAGGACGUGAAGUCUUUCAGACCCGAUAUCAUGGUGAUGGUGGUCUUGAGUUCGUCUCGGAGGAAGUUUGGGAUCACAGUGCUGUCGAUCGCCUUGAAAAACACGGGGGCCUUGUAUCCGCAGAGGGGUUGGAGGGUGACGUCGGCUUCCUCGAUGACGUAGGGCUUUGUGAAUGUCUCCUUGAGACCCAUGUCAACGUUGAGCAGCAAGAUCAGCACACACCGCGCCAUGUGCUCGUUCCUGCUGGCGAUGUCGAGCAAUUUGGAGGGGAGCGGAUUGUCGGGAUGGACGUCCUCUCCGGAUGCAAGGGUGAACGCUUCCUUUUGAUGCAUUUUUUAACCUCUUGCACUGCAGAGCCAGACAAGCAGUUCGAUCUCCUCGCCGAGCACAUGCAGCGCCUGAGGGAUUGCAACACGGCCUUUGUGGUAUCCGAGAUCAUUGUCAUGGUGGAGCGGAACCUUGGGUUCGAGGCGGAGUAUCACCAGCGCCAUUUCAACGGCAUGAAGAAUGUGAGAUUCAGGGUUGACCACAAGGCCCAGCGCUACGGCGUCCUCACCACGCAUGAGAUCAAGCAUGCGAUGUGCACGAUGCUGAACUCACUGCUGAGGGAGGGGAGGGUGCAUCUCUGGGAGAAUUUCGUGAGCCGCGAUCCGAGGGGCAUGAAGCGUCGGCUUCGCGAGCAGCUGGAGAUCUACUCCUACCAGUUCAAGAGCGCGGCCAGUGUGUUCAACAAGGAUCAGAUGGCGCUCAGUGGAAAGGUGGGAGGCAUGAAGGAUGACGUCUGCAUCGCACUGCAGCUUGCGUGCUAUUACAGCUCGAACCCAGAGUUUUACGCGUAG